AUGUUCACCACAAACGCCCGUCCUCAAGCCCAUAUCCCACCUCCCGCAUCCAAACGCCACCUCUCGCAGACGCCCCAACCGACCGACAAGUGCCCUCUUCAAGCCGCCACGACGCGCGGCAAACGCCUCCCUGAAGCGCCGGCCGCGGCCGCGCCCCGCGAUCCCCCUGUCCCCACAUACCCAGUAUUCCGUCAUGUACACCUGUCGACUCGAGUCUUCCUCCUCAGGCAUCUUGGCGUAGAUGCACUGAACGACAGCAAUACGCCCGAUUGUGAGUGUGCCCCCGCCCUCCCGCCUCCUUCAGCACCGCGAGCGCAAGAUGAGGAAUCGGCUUGA